AUGUAUCCAUUUAGAGCAACCAAAUCAAAUUCUUAAGAGUCAUUUUUUGUUUUGCUGGUAGAUGGAACAACCUCUAUGAAUGCACAUUAUCCCAUAUUUUUGAAAUGCUAUCAUAAUGUAUGCAGUAGUAUCAAACAUAAAUUGGCCUUUCAAUUUGGAAACCAAAAAGAAGGAUCCGAUGUUGUUCUUUAUGAUAUCAAUAAAUUCUAAGAUCAUCAUUAGAGCAAUUUCAAUAAAGUUUUUAAACAAUUAUUUGACAUUCUACUUACUUAACACAAGGAUAAAAAAUAUCUGACCAUCUGUUUCAUCUCAGAUGGAGUUGAACACUUUGUUUAUGAAGAGUUUCUUCCAUUGGUUGACCAAAUAACUUCAACUUUCAAAAUCUAAUUUGCUAGCAUUGCAGUCGGAAAAAAUUUCCCGACGUCGAUAAGCAAUAAGUUUAGAGAAAGAUUGCACAACAACGGAAAUUUAGAUUUUCCAUCUAUCUACGAAGUUAUGGAUCAGAGUGAUUUAACUAUAUAUUUAGAUGAUAAUGACAAUAUAGCAAUAUAACCAGAGCAAUAAUAAAAAUUGACUCAAUAGUUUACAGAUGCAUUAGAGGGUCUCAAAAGAUAAUUGAUUGUAUUUACUGAAUAAAUUGAAUUGAAUGAAAUAGUAUAUACUUCAUUCUUAGAUAUUCAAGAUCAAAAAACUAAAAUUGUUCGAUGCAAUUAACUAUUUCUAUCUCCUAAUCCCAAUGUUUAAACAACAAAAAAUGAAAUAAUCUAAUCCUCUUCAAACGUUGAAGAUUUAAUUUAAAUUUAGUAAGGAAGUGUUUAAUAACUAUUGAUACAUUUGUAAGCUAAUGAUAAAAUUCAGGAAGGCAAAGCAGAAUUUUAGAAGCUGCUUGAUAUAUCAAAAUAAAGUCAAAAACUAUUUAUUAAGACAAAUUAAUAAAUGAAUCCUUAAGCAGAUUUAUAAGAAAUUGCUGAUAAUCCAAAACUUGAUUUAAUUAAUAAGAUUAUAGAUUAGUGUGCAUACACUGAUUAUUUAGCUUCUAUAAAAGAUAAUGAAAAUAGAUAUGCACAAUUAUAAGCAAAUCUCGAAAAAAAUCCACAGCUAUGCAUUGAUAAAAAUUUUCAAACUCAAUAUAGAGAGAUAAAAAUUGAAUAAAUACUGAAUAGCGUGUAACCUAUGUAACAAGUUGAAAUAGAGUAGGAAGUAUAAAUUAAAUAGUAAAAUAAAAUAAAUACCUAUGAAAUUAACUUUAAUUCUAAAUUGAUCAUAUUGGUUGAUUCUUUUACACUAUAAAAAUCGUUACAAGAGGAAAUAUUGAAAGCCAAAUAAACUGUUUAUAAUCAAUAAGUGUAAGACAAUACAUAAACUUUUUGGUGGGCAGAUACUAUUUAAGAGAACCCAGAGUUGAGUGUUAGAAGUUAGCAACUACCAUUAAAUUAAGCUAUUUUAUAGAUUCUUAGAAUUAUAGAGGAAGAUUAAUCAGGUGUCAAAAAUUUCACUAUUUGUUUGAUUAUUUCUGGAGAACAUUAAAUAGACUUUAAAUUUUUAAGCCAAAAAUAACAAUAAAUAUAGUAAUAAAAUAAAUUGAUUGCAUUUACAACCAUGAUUAUUGAAAAUGAAUAGUUAAGUAUCGAUAAAAAAAUAGAAUAACAAAGAUUGUCACUUGAAUUGAGACGACAACUACAUACAAAUAAUCUAACCCAUUCUCUCUAAGUAUCUGCUAGGGUUAAGAUAUAAGAAUUUCCAUAAUAUUUAAAUUUAUAUUUUACCAUGAUUAAUGGAUAUUAAUCCAAAUUUUAUGGAAUCAGAAGAAAAGGAUGUUUUGUUAGAUGCAUGAUUAAACAAAAAAAUGCAAUGUUUUUAUUGAAUUAGUUUAUAAGCGAUAUAGAAGAGAGUAGACAAUAAAUAAUUGAAGAUUCGGAUUUUAUACUAAAUCUUCAAAAAAUAAAACAACUGUAUUACAAGAGGAUGAAUAAUUAUAAGGAACAAGAAUUUCCAGAUGAAAAAUAUUGUUUAGCAAAACUCAAUUCAAUUUUUUAAUGUAUUGAUAAAAUCAAUUUAUAGAACUGUUGUGAUUUCUUAGAUUAAAUAUUCCAUAUCAAAUUAGGAUUUCACGAUAAGAACUAGAAAGAUUUCGAUUUAAAUUAACUCAAUCAGGCGAGAAAAAUAAUGCAGUAUAAGAAGAAGUCAAACCUAUUAUAGGUUACAAUUACAAUACUUGUUUUUGGAGCUAUUUAUUUAAUUUUUAAGGGAUACAAAAUUAGUUUAUAAAACGUAUUAUGA